AAGAAAAUGUUCUGAUUGUAUAGUUUUUUACUUAUAACAUUAACAAAUAUUGACUUCUCUAGUUCAGUAAUUAAAUAUACUCAUAACUUAUGAUCUUACGGUAAUGAAAACUUUAUGAUCAUUAUAAAAUAUUGAGCCCUGGUCUGUAAUACCUUAAGCACAGUAAAGUCCCGGAACACUAUCAAUGGCCUUUUCACAUGUUGAAAUGUAAGCAGAGGCGUGCAGUAAAUUAAACAAAUAAUAAACUAAGCGUUGAUAAAACGGCAGCCAGUCAAUAAAUAAAAAGACCCCGACCCAGACAUUAUUGACAGCGUUGGGGGCUAAACAGAAAACCAUGCAACUGAAGGCCCGCCGACUAACUGAAUGGGUCGAAAGCAAUUAAGGCAACUGCAGUGUGCCAAAGGAAGUCGUCGAAGGCCUAAGCCACAUAAUCGCCGAAACGUGCGGCAAUUACACGGGAGCUUGAGAAAUUGAAUGCCAAACAUCUGCUGCUCUUCCCGUCUCCGGAGGUAUAAUUUGCACUGGGCCAAGCAAAUUCAAUUAUCAGUCGAAGCGGACACGUGCCAGGGCCAAAAGACGACGACGCAAUGUUGAUGCCACAAUCGCUGGCUAUAAAAACACCAGCUAAAACAACAAAAACCCCAGUACUUCACAUGAAGGGCCCACUCAGACCAGAACUUUGACUUGCUCAUUAUAACAUCAGAUAUCAGCAUUUAAUUCACUGUGAUAAGAUGAUGAAAUGCCAGUCAAUGAUUGCAUUUAUCUGUCUACUAUUCCCAUUGAUGGCUGUAACAAGUAAAAACUGGCAGGAUGGGUAUGAAGAUACUGCUGAGGAAUCUUCUGCCGACGAAGAAGAUAUCAUGGAAAGACGUUGGCAGGUUGGAUACGGGAACUGGCGUCUUCGGUGCGAGAAAUUCGAGGCGGAGCAGAAGCAGACUUCUCCGGUAAACACUCGAAUAGCUGGCGGAGAACUGGCUACGCGUGGCAUGUUUCCACAUCAAGUGGGCCUGGUUAUUCAGGAGAGUGGUGGAGCACUGAUAAAGUGUGGUGGUUCCCUCAUCACCCUUCAAUUUGUGUUGACUGCAGCCCAUUGUUUGACCGAUGCCAUUGGGGCAAGCAUAUACUCGGGCGCCACCAGAUUCGCCGAUGUCCAAGACGCUGCUGAAGAGUUUUUGGUCACCCAUCGAGAUUUCAUCGUCCAUCCGGGUUACUUGGGCUUUGGUGGUUACAACGAUUUGGCUUUGAUACGACUGCCUAGGAAAGUCGUCACCUCAGAUCGAGUGCAAGUCAUUGAGCUGGCCGGAGAAUUCAUGCAUAAAAAAUUUCUCGAAGGCCAAGUGGUGACCCUUUCGGGUUGGGGCAGCUUGGGAGAUUCCGCUGGAACUGAGACGCGAAUUCUUCAGUACUUGGAUGUGGAGGUGAUCGAACAGGAAAACUGCACCUGCUACUUCCUGCCUGGAUUGGUUAGUCAGCGACGACACCUGUGCACCGAUGGACGAAACAGACGGGGCGCCUGCAAUGGCGACUCCGGUGGCCCUUUGGUCUACCACUGGCGCAAUGGCAGCUACCUGAUCGGGGUCACCUCGUUCGGCAGUGCCGGGGGUUGCGAGGUGGGGGCACCCACUGUCUACGCCAGGAUAACCGCAUAUUUGCCAUGGAUCCGACAGCAAACGGCAAUGACCAACUAAAUGCAAUUAACGCCUAAUUGCAGCCCAUUAAUUGCUAAACAAUAUAGUCGGGCCAGACAAUAAAACCAAUUUGAGCAAUGAAA